AAACAUUUAGGUCUUUAUAGCAACCCGGAGCAGCGCUUCCCUGUCUCCCCUUCUUCCCAACCUUCUUCCCCAAUCCCAAUCCCUGAGGCCCAUCAUAGAUUCCUCUUAGAACUUUCCAUAUCCCCUCCUGCCGAGUAGCCUAAGAUUUCAACCCAUCAGCCAGGUCGGGGGCUGCAUGUUGGCUGCCUUGCCUAAGGAAGUGCCUUGUCAGAAAAGAAGGAAGAAGGGCUUUGGAGGGAAUAGGGAAGGGAGUUGUUCUGAGAGCCCCUCCUGUCAACUUAGUAGGCAAAACAACGAGUUUUUUUCAAGGACAGAACUGAGACAGUAGGAUGUUUGAGCUUUAGUCGUGGACUAAAUAAAUGGGGGAUGGCAUCCACAUCUGCCAGGAGUGGGGACAAAAAGGACACCUGGCCAAUUCAAGCUGCUGCCUCCUUAGGUGGAGGGCAGAAAGCCUCAUUAUCCCGCUCUGAAGAAUUCCUGACCCGAAUCAGCACAGAACUUACAGAUGAAGCACUGUUUACUGCUCGCUCUCAUAUGAAUCCUAUGCCCGACAAGGAAAAGCAGACAAAAGACCAAGGGACUCAGAUAUCUAGACAUGUGUUCUUCACCAAGACCCGAGGCACUGACACCCGCUCUGACAGAAAUCGAACUCGAACCAAGGCACACCUUCUGCCAUCUCCUCGUGAAAAGGGAGUACUCCCCACCAGCCUGACAACUGGAGGAUGAGCUCAGUCCUCCCUAGUUCUGCUCUCUCUCGGCCUCUUACCCUCUCCACCAUGCUCCUCAGUGAAAACCUCAAAGCCCCUCUUUUACAACUGACUAAGUCUCUCAUCUUGGGAAGAACUCCUGGUCAUAAGCAAAGCCACCUUUGAAACCAAGAAAAUCUUCUGGCACUGUUACAGGACCCUCCACCCUCCACCCUCCACCCUCCACCGGCAACACUACUAAGAAGAGAAGGUUUUAAUAAAGAACCAGGGAUCUUCUUUUCCCCCAAA